UAACAAUCAGUUAAUCCUUCAUAAACGUUUUGGAGACAACCUUUAAAGCAAAUCAAAAGGCUUUUGAUCUUGAUAAACUCCGAGAAAUUCUACCAUUUUUUGACGUUGGAUCCACACCCCAUGUAAACUUUGCUUUGAAGCCUCAAAAUCUCUCAAAUCAAAUGUCAUGUCCAUUAAUUAAUGAAUUUCCAUUUCCAGUAAGCUUAUUCAGAUGUAUUCUCAUUUCUCAGCAAUGAUCCCCCUCCCUUCCCUUCUCUCACUUCUACUUCACUCUCUCUCUCUAAUUUUUCUUUUUGAAGAUAAAAGAAACAAUUUUGAAGGGGUGUGUGUGUUUUUGGGGAAAUGGGUUCCUGUGUUUCGGUGCACAAAGAUCGGGAAUCCGCCGUGAAACCCCGGCUGUCAUUCGGCUCCAAAAAAGAUAAGCUUGUGAUCACCGGCGGGGAUCCUAUGGUUGCUGAUGUGGCCCUCGAAUCUAACCCAACAUACAUUGUUCGUGAUUUUGGUAGCAAAGAGGAAGCCUUCUUUGAUUCUCAGCUUUGGUUAGAGUCAGAUUGUGAAGAUGAUUUCUCUAGUGUUAACGGUGAUUUCAUUCCAUCUCUAAGUAGCACACCAGUUCAUCACUGCUUUUCUGUAGAAAACCCUGUUUCUGUACCCCUGUCAUCUUCUGCAGAUAAGAAAAAGAAACUCUCGGACCUCUUAAAGGAGAGGUUACAAGUUGAUCAUGAUUUGGACGAACAAAAUGCAUCUGGUAACCAAAAUGUGGAUGAUGCAGAAGUGAAAGCUGUGGUACCAAGUAUUGUCCUCCCACCAAAAUCUGCAGUUGUCUCGCCUGAUGUUCCGGGAGCUAACUUUGCGGAUACUACUGAAAGAACAUUGAAUGGGCUGUUCAGCCACGAUGACAAAUCAGUGAAGUCUCGCCUUCCAAGGUUGAUAUCAAGCCGUAGCUUUAGCGAAAGGAAAAAGAGGAUGAACCUUUCACGUAGAGAGAAGAAUUGGGUGCGGAGUUUUUCCACAACUUAUAUGCGAAGAACCCAUUCCCACAACUUUUAACAAUGUGAUUGAGUAUAUAUUUGAAAAUGUUAAUACUGUUAUAAAUUGGAAAGAAAAAGAGAGAACGAAGCCAAUAAACUGAUGUAUUCUAUUAAGAAUCAAAGUCUCAUAUUUAAGGGGAAGAAUUAGGGUUACAAUGGGUACAAUAGUCAUAAUGAUUAGGA